AUGAAGAUCGAAGUCCAAAACGGUUGGAAAGUCUUUGGGAUAUCACCAAAGCAACCGAAUAACGUUGUGAUGUAUUGGGAUAGCAGGAAAAAAAAGAAGUUCGCAAUGGUUAAGCAAAUUUACCAGUUCGACAAUGGAUCAGGUGGAGUUGAACAGGCGGUUCUAGUGGAACCCAUCCUCGAUGUCUUUCCCAAAGCACUCGAUGGCCCUUCAAGGAACUUUUGGUAUUACCUUCACCUCAUGGGAUGUAUUGUAGGGGAGCUGAAAGUAAAUGUUACCUUCUUACUCAAUGUUAAUGAUGUGAAAGCGGUGGUUGCUUAUCGCAAAUUACCUCCUCAUACAUUUGGUUUGGCAAGAGGAGGUAUGAUACUCAAACCCAUCGACCUCUGA